AUGGCGUUAUUCUCAGACAACCUGACGAUGGCUGACGUAAACCUUACGGACUUCUUUCCCAACGACGUCGAAUUAAACACCACGAAUUCAACGGUUUCGCCACCGAAACAAAGUUUUGCUGAAUUGCAGAACAGUUUUUACGUUGCAAGUUAUGUCCUUACACCGAUAUUUUUGGUAAUAGGACUUUUCGGUAACGGAGUGACCAUUUUCACCAUGGCCUCAAAAUCAUUCUCAAACAUGACAUCACGAUACAUUCUAAUUGCGCUGGCCCUGUCUGACACCACACUCCUGCUGACACAGCCAUUUAACAAGUUGUUUCUCCGCAAACUAAUUGGGUAUGACGUCAGGGCAAUGUCCGAUAUUGGCUGUAAGGCGUUCUUUCAUAUUUUCAAAACCGGAAAGAUGACGUCAUCAUGGUUAAUUGUCAUCCUAUGCUUCGAGCGUUUCGUUGCUGUGGUUUUCCCAUUUAAAACGAAGACGAUCAUAACAAAGAAGAGCAUCCUGGCAUUGAUCGCUAUAGAUUACAUAUUCAUUGUCACAUAUAACGGUGUGUGGACAUUUUCGUCGAUCAUUGUAGACGGAACAUGCAAACCGGAUGUGACGUAUCCGGAAACGAAGGAGAAGUACCGAGAUUUCCUGCUCGCUGGUUCCUCGUUCUAUUCGUUGAUCCCAAUGAUAAUUAUGGCAAUACUUACUCCAGUCAUUGUGAUCAAACUUCUACUGCAAAGACGUAAAAGGAAGCAUUUAGCUGGAGCUGCAGGAGACAAGGCCGACUCGGAGACGAUACGGAUAUCCGCUAUGUUAAUCGGUAUAGUAGUCGCCUACGUUGCUUUAGUGCUGCCGAUUACCAUAGUCCACAAUUUGGCUUUCUGGAGAAAUGUAAGCGCCUUUGAUGUCAACACUCGUGGAUUUUUCAUUCUGCGAGAGGUAGCCCAAAUAUUUGAGCAGCUUAAUUAUUCUAUCAAUUUCUUUCUGUACGUUCUUUGUUCGUCGAAAUUCAGAGGGCGUGUCAUAGAGCUUCUGGGUCUGAGCAAAUGCGUUGAACGAGCAAGGGCACAGUCUACGUCAUCAAAAACGCGGUCAACAACUGCGAACAGGACAGCCCGUCCAUUGGAAAAUGUGGAAUCCGGCGCAUCAGUUUCUAAAAAUACGAAUGGGGAGAAAGAAACGAAGACGACGCAAAAUCAUAUAAGGUCAUGA